AUGAAUGGUGAAGGAUGGUUAUUUAUACUUGCAGUUAUUGUCAAUGCUGUUAACUUGUUUUCACAGGUGUUUUUCACAAUUAUGUACUCGGAUUUAGAGUGCGACUACAUCAACCCAAUUGAAUUGUGUAACAAAUUGAACCCCUGGUUCAUUCCAGAGGCUGGAUUACAUGCCUUUAUCACCUUGUUGUUUUUGGUUAACGGUUACUGGUUCUGUUUUUUACUCAACUUGCCAUUACUUGGAUACAAUGUCAACAAGUUCUACACAAAGAAUCAUUUAUUAGAUGCCACAGAAAUUUUCAGAACCUUGUCGAAACAUAAGAAAGAGAGCUUUCUUAAGUUGGGUUUCCAUUUAUUAAUGUUUUUCUUCUACUUGUAUAGAAUGAUCAUGGCCUUGGUUAAUGAUGAACAUUGA